GUGGUGCUCCCUGCUUAUACUUUAUCGACUCCAACAAGAACCUGCUAGAGACUUCACACUUCACAAAAUAAACCAACAUGCAAAUACUUCUCAUUAUCUUGCCAAUCUUUUCCGUUUUGUUUCUGCUAAUAAAAUGGUAUUCAAAUUAUUCCAUAAUCAGAAAAAACUCACUUCCUUCUCCACCGAAAUUCCCAAUAAUAGGAAAUCUCCAUCAACUAGGUUUGUACCCUCAUCGCACCCUCCAAUCUCUGGCCAAAAAAUAUGGACCCUUGAUGUUGCUCCAUCUUGGGAGGGUGCCGGUUCUUGUGGUCUCUUCCGCUGAAGGUGCACGUGAGAUCAUGAAAACCCAUGAUCUUGUAUUUGCGAACAGGCCCCAAAGGAAAUUGUUCGACAUACUUAUAUAUGGUUCCAAAGAUGUGUCAACAGCCCCAUAUGGUGGGACGACCAGGAGAAAAUAGGAGAGAAAAACUAUUCAAGAGUGAGAUCAAACUUUACUUUAUAAAGUGAAAUUCAAAAUUUAGAGGAUCUAAAUCCGACUUGACGGGAAAGUAUGACCACGCAGUGGUAACACGACGAGGGAGAGGUGAUCCUGACGAAGAGAAGAAGAUGAAAAUGAACAAUGAAUCCCAGUGAGUACUGGAGGCAAUUAAGGAGCAUCUGUGUGCUGCAUCUGCUUAGUGUAAAAAGGGUUCAAUCAUUUCGCUCCGUUAGAGAGGAGGAAACUCAAAUCAUGAUGGAAGAAGUCAAACAUUCUACUUUACCCUCUGUUCCAAUAGAUUUGAGCCAAUUAUUCUCCAUGAUUACCAAUGACAUACUUUGUAGGGUCACUUUCGGAAGAAAGUAUGGUGGAGAAAGUGGGAAGGAGUUGAAGGAGUUGUUCAUGGAGUUUACAGAACUUCUUGGUAGUUUUGUUAUUGGAGAGUUUGUGCCUUGGCUUGAUUGGUUGACCAGUGUUUCGGGGUUGUACACUAGAGCAAACAGAGUAGCUACAAGGUUUGAUAAAUUCUUGGAGGAAGUAGUUGAUCACCAUGUGAAUCGAUAUCCAGAUGAUGUUACUAGCAAUUUGGAUCAUGUUGGAUCAGAUUCUCAAGGCCACAAUGAUUUUGUUGAUGUAUUGCUUUUUCUCCAGAGGACAAAUGCAACUGGAUUUCCUAUUGAUAGAACAGUGAUCAAGUGUUUGAUAUUGGAUGUGUUUGUCGCUGGUGCAGACACUACAUCUACCAUCUUAGAGUGGACAAUGACUGAGCUCUUAAGGCACCCAAUGGUGUUGAAGAAAGUGCAAGAUGAAGCCAAAAACGUGGUUGGUAACAGAAAGAACAUAACUGAAGAUGAUUUGGUUCACAUGCACUACUUAAAAGCCGUGAUUAAAGAAACACUUCGACUAAAUCCACCAAUUCCGUUACUAGUCCCACGAGAAAGCAUGCAAGAUAUCAAACUGCAAGAUUACAACAUUGCUUCGGGAACACGAGUAAUUGUGAACGCUUGGGCAAUAGCAAGAGAUCCUAAGUAUUGGGACCGACCUGAGGAGUUCGCACCGGAGAGGUUCAUGAAUAAUUAUAUAGACGUGAAAGGGAAUGAUUUCGAGUUGAUUCCGUUCGGAGCAGGGAGAAGGGGCUGCCCGGGAACAAUAUUCGCCAUGGUUAUUGUUGAGAUUGUGCUAGCCAACCUCCUUCACCAAUUUGAAUGGGUGUUACCAGAGGGUGUGGAAAGUUUGGACAUGUCUGAAACAGUUGGCUUAACCAUUUAUAGAAAGGUUCCUCUUGUAGCCCUUGCAAGCCCAAAGAAUUAAGUAGUUAGACAAGGGGAUUUAA